GCUUGAGUUCCCCGCCUUUUAACUAAGCUGCAGUGCCCUCCAGACGUCGUACUCAUAUCAAUACAGCUGAUUCUCUUGCCUUUGGAGGGACUUCUACCUGUUUACAUUAUACACGCGUUAAAUAUGUUGCCAUAUCUUUAGUACGGUGUAUUUUUAUAAACCAAUACGGAGUGAUGUUGCUACCUUCAGACAUUGCACGACUUGUUUUGGGGUAUCUCCAAGAGGAAGGAUUAUCUGAUACAAGCCGAGCUUUUAUUCACGAAAGUCCAAACCUAAAGGAGUAUGCCGAACACAGCUCCGAAGAUGGAACUAUUCCUGCUUGUGUAUUUUCUAUUUUUGGAAAAGGGUUAACGACCAUCCUGAACGAUUAUGUGGCUGUCAAAACAAAAGAGUCCAAUCACCAAGUACCACCUAUGAUGUCAUCUUUGUGGAAAAAGCUGGAUUUUACACUCAAUCAAAUCAAGUCACUGCAAAAUUCUCCAGCAUUGUCAGCCUGUCAACGGGUGCGUUCUCGUGUUGGAUUGGCAAAUAUAGCCAGACAGAGAGCAUUAACAAACUCUUCCAAUGGAAUAGUGUGCUCAACUGUUUCCGAGACCAUCUCAAUUGUCAGCCCUGCACAAACUUCACAUUGUAUUCUUACACAUUCGACACCUGUAAGCUGCAGUGGCCAGCACAGAUUUGCGCCCAGCAGUGCUCCACAUCAGCAAAGCCAUGAAGCCAGUCGACUUCUUAACACACCUAGGGAAUCUCCUAUGCAUGUAACAGAGCAUCGCCUAAAUCCAGCACCGAUGUCUCCCGGAAGAAGAAAGUGGAAGAGAACUGGUGCACUGGGUGGAUCAGUGGGUUCUUCGAGACCUGUUCCUCUUGGUGGGAUCACUGUAGAAGAGGAAACCGAGGAGAUUGUUGAUGAAAAUUUUCCUCAACUAGUAAUUCAGAAUGCUCGUGAGAAAAUAUUAGGGGAUAGAUCUUUGCAAGAAAAACUGGCUGAAAAUAUCAACAAAAUUCUUUCUAGCGAGCCUACACCUCAGUCAUCAAAAGCUGCUGCCAACAUGGUGGAACCUGAUCAGUCCAUCGAUGAAAUUCUAGGACUGCAGGGAGAGAUCCAUAUGACCGAUGAUGCCAUUCAUGACAUUUUGGAGCAGACAGAGUCUGAUCCAGCUUUUCAAGCCCUCUUUGACCUUUUUGAUUGCAAUAAAACUAGAUCAGCAGAUGGCGAAGCAGCAGAUGGAAAUAUGAGCAGUAGCCCAGAAGAAGGUCAUCCUCCUGGACCUGGACCAUCAUCUGUGACCAAGCCCAGUCAGAGUUUCGAUUCAGGUACCAUACAAAAAGAAGCUUCUGAAUCGGUUUCUGUGAAGACAAAACCUGCCAUCGAGCGUAAAACCAGGAAGUCGGCCCCUUUGUUAAAAAAGACUAUUAUUGUCCCGUGCAACAGAAGUUCCAGAAUUGAAAACAGUUCUGCUAGGUUAUUGUCAGUGAUGCAAAGUAGUGAAGAACCCCAAGGAACUUCAUCCUCAAAAAGAACUGAAAAAAACCUUUACUCUGACACUGUAAUGGCUAUGGACAUUGAUGAGCCUCAAGCCACAAUAGCACCUACCCCAACAAACAUUUCCACCACAAUUGUUGCCCCCACAUCUGCUCCUGCUGCCUCUAAUAGAAACCUGUCACUACCGCCAACUACCAUGGCCCCAGUUGUGUCAGAAACUCCUAACUUAAAUGGACAUCAUGAAAAUAAAGAGGCCCAAGGAUCCUCUGUGCAGCCGAUGCCUACCCCAAAUCAAAAAGACAGUUCAGCUAGUUCAGCUACUCUGCAACCUGUACCAGGCUACUCCCCAUCACCAGGACAAUUGUCAAGCAGUGGGAGAGAGACACAGAUAUGUCUGCUUAUCCAUUAUCAUCUGAAACAUCCAUUGCUUCUACUACCACAGUCACCCCCACCAUAUCACAAUCAUCAAAAUCUUUAGCACGCUACUUCAGCGUCACCAGUGUCAGUUUCCUCCUCUGUAUCCACGGCAAUGCCCCAAACGUCUGUACCAUCAUCCUCUCUUACGGAGUCUACAACUGAACCAACCUCCUCAAACAAAACUGGAGCAGAUCCCAGCAAUAUCAUGUCACUGAAAAUCAUUAUUAGUGACAACCAAGAGGAAGAUUCUACCUCUGACACAGCCUUGAGUCAGGCCAUAUCCAGCAUCUCCAGUGACAAAAUUCCCACUAUUUAUCUUUCCUCUCCAGCCAAGUCCCCCGUUGUCCCUGGCACACCUAAAGGCAAUCUGGACGAGGCCGCACAGGCAGUUAGUUGUUUACAGAAGUCUGAGGCAGUUAUCGCAUCUCCCCUGACUGGAACCUCGCAGCCCCAGCAAAGCUACAUCAUUCAGCUGCCUUUUGAUGGUGCUACCACAACUGCUGCAAGCUACUUCCUCGUAACUGAGCCUCCUACGGGAGAUGUGCAGAACAGACAGAAAAUAGUGCCAUCUCCUGUGUCCAAGGGACAAGCCAUCGCUCCCACCCAGUUUGGUGUAACCCCGCAUACUCAAGGAUUCACUACUGGAUCAGCCUUCAUCCUGCCAUCACCUAUAAAACCUGUGGUGCUUCCAUUGUCUGUUAUGGGUCAAAAUACUUUGGGAAAUGUUCAAAUGAUGUCUAACCAGCUUGUUGCCAUACCAAGCCCACCAGUGGUACAACAGAAAGAUACCAUGAAGUCAGUACCUGCUGGAGCUGCCAAACCGUCUACCACUUUAACUUCUGAGAAAAAUGUCGUUUCACCACCAGCACCAAGUUCAGGAACUCAAAGUGUAUCGACAAGUUCCAGCCCUGGUCAUAGAAGGAUUCUUUGUUUUGAUUCAUCUGGUGAAUCACAGACAAGUAAAAUCAACACAUCUCCAUCUGCUUCAAGCGUACAGCCUUUACCUCCAAAAUCCCCUCGGACAAAGCCUGCUAUCCUCACCAGCAACAAGCCCAAGAGAAGGAUAGAGACUGUUAGAUGUUCAGACUCCACCAUUUCACAGCAGAACCAGAUGGAGACUGCUAAAAAAGGCUCCCGCAAACAACAAUAUAAUGUAGCUAAUAAGGAGUCCGGUGGAGGAGCGAACAUCAUUGACAUAACAAAGCCAUCAGAAUCUAGUCGAAGAUCUUCUGAAAGGAAACAAAAUCAUGGGACAGAAGAGAGUAACAAUAGGGAAAAGGAGUCUCGUACUUCAAGAUCAUUGUCCACUGACUCAUUCCAAAAAUCUGGGAGUAGAAAAGAAAAGGAAGCUACAGAUAAAGUAAAAACAAGAGAGGGUCGCUCUGAGAAACGGACUCAAGAGACAACCAGUAUUACAGCUAACAAGGAGAAUGAACUGAAGGGUAGUGUUCAAGAACAACAAUCCGCAGCCUCAUCCCCCACACCCGCACAACCCAACACUCAGUCCAAGUCCUCCAAACCUCCUUCAAAAACAAGUGCUCUUGCCAAACAGGCAGCCGAAAUGCUUCAGGACCUCCAAGCACUCAACUCCCCAUCUACCCCUAAAGGUGCAGAGCUUAGCAGCCAAGAGGAGUCAGGUAGUGAUUGCCCCAAGACUCCUACACGAACAAGAAAAAGUAGAGCUAGUGAGGGCACUCCAAGACACCUAAUGCCACCCAACAGCUCUGACAUGCCCACCUGUAGCCCCGCCAGUGAAGCAGGAAGUGAAAGCAGCAUCAACAUGGCAGCUCACACGCUCAUGAUUCUGUCCCGGGCUGCACUGGCCAGGACCGGAACGCCGUUGAAGAAUAGUCUGCGUCAGGAAGGGGCAGGGGAACAGUCGCCAACAUCCUCAAAGAUGCCCAAGAAGCGCAAGCAGCCCACUCCAACAUCCAGUCCCCCAGCAAAAAAAGAGCCAAAACGGACACCUAGAAAGAAAAAAGAACGAAAGAAAUUGGUGGAAUGUUUUCCUCAAGACUUGGAUGUGGAUAAGUUCCUGUCUUCUCUUCAUUAUGAUGAGUGACGCAACUAAUGCAUUAAAGGACUCAUACCGUACCACGACCUACUUGAGUUACUAACCAGGAAUAGAAAAAGCCAUCUGCCAGUGCCUGACAGACUCUGGUCCUAUAAGCUGUCAUGUGAGCCCAUGAGUGAAAGUGAAGUUGUCUGUAUGUUACUUUUCACUAUUAUCUUGGCAGCAGUGGACCAGUUACUUUUGAUUCGCUAUAACUCUUCUUUUGAAGUAAAGUUUGUUUUAGCAAAUUACAAAUGCAGUGGAUAGCAGCUCAAAUAUGUACAUAUUCUUGGUCAAUAUUUGACUAGAUUUUACUGAAUCCAGCCAAUAAUUACACUCACACUCUUGAUUAUAUUGCAAAAGUUAGUGGACUGGUUGAAAUGUGAUUAAAAUGAUAUAUAAUGAUUAUAUUUAGUUUUGAACAUAAAUGCAAACAAAGGAAUUUCUGGUUUCAUGUAUUGUUUCUGGUUUCAUGUAUUGUUUUCAAUACGAUAUUGUA